AUGGGGAACUCUGUGCCCGAUCUCGACAAAAUCGGCCUAAAAGCCGAGCCCGAGCUGGCUGAACAAUUUCGCAGAGAGGUCGCAAACCUACUAGGUCGCAAGAACCUCAGCUUCCCCGGCGCCCAACCGGUCAGCUUCGCGCGACACCACCUCACCGAGCUCCAUCGUGAAGACUACUUUGUGUGCGAGAAGACUGACGGCAUUCGCUGUCUCAUGUAUUUUGCGCGCGGCGAAACCGAUGACCACGAAAUUCACUACUUGAUCGACCGCAAAAACGAGUACCGCUGGGUCCCCAACUUGCACUUUCCUCUGCCUGGAGAUGAAUCUUUCCAGGACUUCCACACAGAGACACUUGUGGACGGCGAGCUUGUCAAUGAUACAUACGAUGAUGGCACACAGCAGUUAAAGUAUCUUGUCUUCGACUGCCUCGUGCUGGACGGGCAGAGCCUCAUGCACCGCACACUCGACAAACGCCUCGCGUACUUUAAGGAGAAGGUCCUCAAACCCUACAAUGCGCUAUACGAGAAGUAUCCGCAGGAAAAGCAACAUCGCGUUUUCGUGGUCGAAGACAAAUCCACCCAGUUUAGCUACGGCAUUGAGAUGAUGUUCCGCGAGAUCAUCCCCAAGGUGAAGAAAAUCCACGGCAACGACGGCCUCAUCUUCACCUGCCGCAGCACCCCGUACCGCAACGGCACAGACGAACACAUCCUAAAGUGGAAACCGCCUUCCGAAAACACGAUCGACUUCCGUCUCCGUCUUGAAUUCCCUGUCCUCGAACCAGACUCAGAGGACGAGGCGGACGGCGUCUCAGAGCCUUACCCGGACUACGACGCCCUCCCGAUCUUCCACCUCUUUGUCUUGCAUAAUAAUGACCAGUACCAGCAUUUCGGAGAGAUGUAUGUCACCCCGUCGGAAUGGGAGGACCUCAAGGCGCUGCAAAUGCCGUUGGACGAUGCUAUCGUUGAAUGCUCCAAGGAUCAGUCUGGUCGCUGGCGGUUUCAUCGGAUUCGUGAUGACAAGGCGGACGCGAACCACUAUACAACCGUCGACAAGGUAUUACAAAGUAUUGAAGACCGUGUCACAGAGGAGGACCUCAUUCGUGCGGCGCCGAGUAUCAAGACGGCUUGGAAGAAACGGGCACAGGCUGAAGCCGACGAGCGAAGACGUGCCAGUGCGAGACCGGCAGCUCCGCCGCAUGUAAAUGGGAAUGGGGUGAAAAGGAAAUUUGAGGAGUAG